AUGGCGGCGGAGGCACGGGCCGAGAGCCCCGCGCCCGCGGCCCCGCCGCCGCCCGUCCCCGAGAAGCGCGCGGCCCCGGCGGACGCCGGCGAGGAUGAGCGGCCCGGGCCGAAGCGGCGCCGCGCGUUCGUCGCGACGCUCGACGGCGUCCCCUGCGCCGCCGCGGCGGCGGCGGAGGAGGACGGGCACCGCGACGGCCUAUCCUUCUCCUUCCAGCACUCGCGCGGCGGCUUCGUGCCGCUGGAGACGACGCCCAAGUUCGGGUCUUUCAACCCGCCCGCGCCCGCCGAGCAGCAGGAGGCACCCGACCUCGACCCCAAGCCUGAGCUGCCCGCCGGCGAAGAUUCACCGGUUGUGGAGGAGGAGGGAGAGGAUCCGGCGUCGCCCCGCACCGUUGCGGAAGAUGGGAAUUCAGAGCAGCAAGUGGCGACGGAGGUCGAUCAGGGGGAGCCGGAAAGGCAAGAUGAACCGGAUUGUGCUGAUGCACAUCAUCCGUAG